AUGUCUGUGCGGAAAGCAGCCGAGUUCAGAGUUAGGGGACGGGUGCGCGGACGCCGGUCGGGGGCAGGGGGCGGAGGGGGGGCGCCCACGCUUUACCCGCCGCGCCUUGCCGCCCGCCCAACGCCAGUCAGCAACUGUGGCUCGUGUUGGCUGAACCAUCUUGUAGGGCCAUCCUCUUUUUCUUGCCGUAGGACAUCUCAUAAAACACAAACACAAUGGCGGAUGAUGAAAAAAAGCGUCUCGAGGAGGCGAAGAAGGCCAAACAGGCCGAGAUCGACCGCAAGCGCGCUGAGAAAGAAGAAACUUAGGUUGCUGCUGCGUAAAAAAGCCGCCGAGGAGUUGAAGAAGGAACAGGAACGCAAAGCGGCCGAAAGAAGGCGCAUCAUCGAGGAGAGGUGCGGUAGACCCAAGAACAUUGACGACGCAAACGAAGAUGCUAUUUCGAGGGUUUGCAAAGAAUACCACACCCGCAUCGGCAAACUCGAAGACGAAAAGUUCGAUCUGGAAUACAUCGUUAAACGGAAAGAUAUGGAGAUUGCCGACCUGAACUCCCAAGUCAACGACCUUAGAGGCAAAUUCGUCAAACCUACACUCAAAAAGGUGUCUAAGUACGAGAACAAAUUCGCCAAGCUUCAAAAGAAGGCGGCUGAAUUCAACUUCCGCAACCAGUUGAAGGUAGUCAAAAAGAAGGAGUUCACCCUCGAAGAAGAAGACAAAGAGAAAAAGCCAGACUGGUCGAAGGGCAAGCCAGGUGACCAGAAGGAGGGAGAAUCAGCCCCGGCAACGCCCGCAACUCCAGCGGCACCACUACCUAAC